GGAGUCCUUACGCGGGCCUAAGUAUCCCUGUGGUGUUGAGCCUGUGAAGAACCAAAGAAUCUAAGGGCCGAGCUCCUUCAGGACCAAGAAUUCUCUCGCCGUGCCCCCUUGCUCUGGGUACACGAUUUGGAAACCUCAGUGUCUCUGUCCAGGAGUAUGGGCUCUUUCCUCCCUCAGACCACGGCUCCAGGCCUGUGAUCCCUUCUUACUCCAGAGGAACAGGUACUCCACCGCUCCAGGAACUAACUGACUACAUUUGGUGACCUGUUUCUGUCCAGUGCCCCUGAGGGCUCAGCUGCUGGGUCUGAAGGAAGCCUCGCUAUGAAUGACCGAAGCAACCGUAGGCAGACAAUGAAGGACGAAGAGACCUUUGAGAUCUCCAUCCCCUUCGAAGAGGCACCCCACUUAGACUCACAGAUUUUCUACAGUCUGAGUCCCUCUCGGAGAAAUUUUGAGGAGCCUCCAGAGGCCACCUCCCCAACCCUGACCCUGAUGAACAGCGUUAAGGCCCAGCUGCACAUGGCCCUGGAAAGGAACUCAUGGCUGCAGAAGCGCAUUGAGGACCUGGAGGAGGAGAGGGACUUUUUGCGAUGUCAGCUGGACAAGUUCAUUUCUUCGGCCCGGAUGGAUGCAGAGGACCAUUGCCGGAUGAAGCCUGGGCCACGGAGGGUUGAUGGGGACAGCCGUGCUGGGGUUGGGGGAGAAGCCUCAGACCCUGAGUCGGCAGCCUCCUCCUUCAGUGGGGCGUCUGCCGAGGGCAGUGCCAGCGAAAGGAAGAAGCAGAAGCAGAAGGGAGGUGCUGGCCGGAGGCGAUUUGGGAAGCCCAAGGCUCGAGAGAGGCAGCGGGUGAAGGACGCUGACGGGGUCCUCUGCCGCUACAAGAAGAUCCUGGGCACCUUCCAGAAGAUGAAGAGCAUGUCUCGAGCCUUUGAGCACCACCGUGUGGACCGGAACACGGUGGCGCUGACCACACCCAUCGCGGAGCUGCUCAUUGUGGCUCCCGAAAAGCUGGCUGAGGUGGGAGAGUUCGAUCCGUCCAAGGAGCGCCUGCUGGAGUACUCCCGCCGCUGCUUCCUGGCGCUGGACGACGAGACUCUCAAGAAGGUGCAGGCUCUAAAAAAGAGCAAGCUGCUCCUGCCCAUCACCUAUCGCUUCAAGCGGUGAUGCCGCCGCCCCGCAGACCGCUCGCUAGACCGGGCUUCCCGGGGUGCCGCCAGGGCCAGAUGCUGCCCUUUCCUCAGCACUGGGCCCUGCCCCCUCCCUCGGCCGCCCAUGCUGGGCACGCCGUCUCCAUUUCACUCCGCAAGGACGGCCACCUCGGCCUCCCUAGCCCGGAGUAGUCCAUUUGCAUCUCACAUGAAGACAGAGCAUUAUUCAGAUAAUUUAAAUUAAAGAGACAUGAACA